AUGUCCGCGCCGCGCGCCGCGCCGGUGGCCGAGCAGCUGCGGAAGCUGUUCGUGGGCGGGCUGGGCGCGCAGUGCACGGAGGAGAGCCUCCGGGGCCACUUCGAGCGGUGGGGCACGCUCACCGACUGCGUGGUCGUGCGGCACGCGGGCACCAGCCUGUCCCGGGGCUUCGGCUUCGUGACCUUCGCCGCGGUGGAGGCGGUGGACGCCGCCCUGGCCGCGCGGCCGCACCGCCUGGACGGCAGGGUCGUGCAGCUCAAGAGGGCCGUGUCCAGAGAAGACUCCCGAAGGCCCGAGGCGCACCUGACCGUGAGAAAGGUCUUCGUGGGCGGCAUUAAGGACAGCACCGAGGAGCAUCACCUGCGGGCUUACUUCGAGCGCUACGGGAGGAUCGAAGAGAUCGCAGUCGUGACCGACCGCGACAGCGGACAGAGGAGGGGCUUCGCGUUCAUCACCUUCGACGACCCUGACUCCGUGGACAAGAUUGUCAUUCAGAAAUACCAUAUUGUGAACGGCCACAACUGUGAAGUCCGAAAAGCUGUGUCCAAGCAGAAGAUGGCUGGUGCAUCCUAUAGCCAAAGAGGUCCAAGUGGCUUUGGGGACGUUGGUGGUGGUGGUGGUGGCAGAGGUGGCUUUGGUGGCAGCUGUGGGGAUGGCCCUGGAGGAGGUGGCCCUGGUUACGGUGAGGGGAGCGGAGUCCACUAUGGAAGAGGUGGGCAGGCUUAUUGGAACCAGUGCAGUGGCUAUGGUAGGAGUGGCAGCUGCGACAGUUACAACAUCCAAAGAGACAGAGGCGGUGGAGGUGGAGGCUACGGCGACUUUGGCCAUUACCACAGUCAGUCUUCGGAGUUUGGACCCAUGAGAAGGGGAAACUUUGCAGGCAGAAGCUCUGGCCCCUACGGUUUUGGAGGCCAAUAUUUUGCCAGACCAGGAAACUCAGGUGGCUUUGGCGGCUCCAUCAGCAGCAGUAGUUUUGGUGGUGGCAGAAAAUUUUAAUGACUUCCCAGAAACAAAGUUUAGCAGGGGAGGAGAGCCAGCGAAGUGACAGGAAAGCUACUUGUGAACUCAGCCAAGCACCGUGGUGGCAGGGCCUAGCUGCU